GUGGGAGGACUCGGCCAAUCGCAUGCGAGACAAGGCCCCCAAGGGGUGGUGGACGGGUUACAUUCUGCGGGUUACCACACACCGCUGGUUCAACAGGACCGUUACGAACCGCAUCCAAUGGUGGCAUUGGAUGACCGUAAUUGCGCCGGACGACAUGCACAACGCACACAAGGGGCUGGUGCUGUUUGUGAUCGGGUCGGGGUGGUCGCAGUUCUACUUCCACCACGUGCCUGACAAGGACGAGAUGUUUACCGCUGCGUUUGCGCCUCUGGUAGUGGAGCUGGGGAUGCUGGGAGCAGUGCUGCAUCAGCAGCCAAUGGAGCCGAUGUCUUUCUAUGUGGGGCCUAACGGGCCAGGCAAUUUCAAAGAUUUGGAAGAAGACGAGCUGAUGGCGUUCUCCUUUGCAAUGGCGUUGAAGCAUUCAGAUGAGAUAGAGUGGCAGCUCUCAGUGCCCAUGGCCAAGUCCAUCGUGAGGGGAAUGGAUGCGCUGCAGCUCGCCUCCAGAGAGAUCUUUCCGCACCUCCCGGUGGAAGGCUUUGUGGUCAUGGGAGUGAGCAAGAGAGGACUCAUGGCAUGGCUGACGGCCGCUAUGGAUAAAAGGGUGGUGGGCAUAGUGGCGUACGGCUUUGACCUGCUGGACUUUGGGCGCAACUUCCAGCACCUGCACGACUCGCUGGGCGCGUGGCCGGUCAUCCUCAAGUUCUACGCCAUCUUCAACGUCACCGAACAGCUGCAAUCGCCCCAGUUCCAGAGGCUCACUGAGGACACGGACCCAUACUACUACAGGGAGCGCCUCACCAUGCCCAAGCUGCUCGUCAGUGCCGCCAACGAUGAAGUGCUGGCUCUGGAUGACACGUACAUCUGGUGGAACGACAUGCCCGAGCCAAAGCUCCUCAAGAUAAUGGCCAACUCGGAGCACAUGCAGAUCCACGUCAACCAAUGGGCCAACCAAGCAACCCUUUCCUUCCUCGCCUCUCUCCUGCAUGUCAACUCCUCCUGCGCCUCGCUCCCCGCCUCCUCCCGCCCCUCCCUCACCUGGACGCGCCCCUCCAACGCCCCCCCUUCUCCCCGCCGCCGCAAGCGCUUCGACAAAACAGAGGGCACGGGGCUGUUUGCCCGGGAGGAAAGGGAAACGGCCGAAAGGGAGACGGCAGAGGCUCAGACAGGAGAAGGGGGGGUGGGAGGGUCAGAAGGUGACGCGCUGACCAAUCAGGAGCAGCCACCGCAUCCCUGGGGCUGCAUACCGGAGCUGCCAGCUGUCGACUGGCCUAAGCUGAGGUGGCGGUUUGAUUGGUCCACGUUCACCAUUCAUGCCACGUCAGACAGGAAGCCGCUCGCGGUUAGAGCAUGGACUGGCCGCACAGCCAGCGAGCGCCGAGACUUCCGCUUCGUGCUGCAGCGAGGCUCCAAGGGAUGGGUUGGUGAGUGGUGCAAAGGGUUGGUGAGUGGUAUGGGGUAUGUCCUGUUCGUGCAGCCCAACCCCAUCUGCCUCUGCAUCUGCUUCCUUCUCUCCCUUCAUCCCCCCAACCCUAUCAACACCACAUCACCCUCUCCUCCUCCCCCCCUCGGCUGGCAGCAUGAUGCUAAUGGUGCAGGGCACGUGUGCAGGCAAGUUCGACCUGUGUGUGCAGGCCACGUCAUUUUCCCCCCGCACCUGCUGACAUCUCUCCCUUCAUCCCCCACGCCCUCUCACCAACCCAUUCCCCCUCCUCAGCACGGCGCCCAUGCCAACGGUGCCAGGCACGUAUGCAGGCAAGUUCGACCUGUGUGUGCAGGCCACGCCAUUCUUCCUGCACACCGUCUCGCCGCCCAAGCACCACUCUGA